AUGCCACGGGGACACAUUCGUUCAUUCUUAUUCGUGUCCCGUCUGUUUCAUUCUCACCUGUUGAACAAUGUUCCCCCCCCCCAGGUAACGGCAAUGGGAGAUCAGAGCCCCGCGCGCGUUGCGGUCCUCGCGCUCGCAGCGCUCGCCUUCUGCGUAACGGUCGCGAUCAACGCGUUGGCCGGAUCCGGCAGCAAAGGAGGUCCCUUCCAUCAAAGCACAGGGAACGUAUCGGCCAAAUACGAAACGGACAUAACGCCGGCGGGCUGGACCUUCUCCAUCUGGGGAGUCAUCUACGCCUGGCUCUCUGCUAUGAUGCUCUACAUCGUAACUGGUUUGUGCCGGAGGAAUUCCUAUGGGUGGACGUACUGUAAGCCUGCAGUCCUGCCCUAUGGCUUCUUCUUGUCUUGGACCCUGAACAUGAUUUUAAACAUCGUGUGGUUGUUCCUGUGGGACAGAGAGCAACUUGUUGCAGGCCUUGUUGUGUUGGCCCUCAUCGCUUUCACCAAUUACCUCGUCAUUUUCUUCUGCUGUCACGGGUUGCAUUUAUACGGGGCUUGGCUGAACAAAGACCACAAAGUGGACCUCUGGGCCAUUCGGGUGCUGAUCCUGAACGGUGUUGGAGUCUAUGCAACGUGGACCACCAUAGCGACGCUGCUCAACUUCAGCGUUGUGCUGGAGUACAGUGCGGGGGCGUCCAGAGCCGGAGCAGGAACCGUGGGUCUCUCUCUUCUUUUGGCAGAGGUGAUCAUAUGGUUCAUUUUGGAGAACGUUUUGCUGGAGAGACACGUACGCUACCUCCUCACGGUCUACCCGGUGGUGAUUGUCGCCUUGACCGGCAACGUGGCGAAACGUUACGACCCCGCAGCUCCCAGUCGGAACAGCAUCUUUACAGCUGUUCUCCUGGCCUUGGCCUGUGCGCUCUUCGUUCUGCGUGUUCUCUUGGUGGUAUUCAGAUGCUGGAAGCAGCCUCUCUACCGAGGCGAAAACACAGAAGCCCUGAUGUCACCCUUAGAUAUUGCUGAGAAACAGAAAAGAGUCUUUAUUUAGCCAAGUGGUCGUGUAUAAAAGAGUCAUCUGUUAAGGUCCAGUGUCUCUUAUUUUGGGCCUCCUUUUAAUAACAGAAUAAAUAGCGGUACUGUAACGUCUCACCUCAAAAAAACCUGUCAGCAACCCCACUCUUACACAAAGCCAAUAUCCGAAUAUUUUCUUUUAUUUUUCUCUAAAGAAAUCGAGGGCUCUCAUCGGGUAAAAGCAGGAGCUGUUGAACCGAACCUCAUGGCGAUAAGGUUUUUUACAGUCAGUACUGGCGGUUUGUCUCCGUACUGUGUUAAAACGAAAAUGAUAAAAAAAAGUCAAGUAAACGGCUGAGAGGAUAAGAAACUUUUCCGACCUAUGGUCAAACAUCACGCUCCAAAUUUAAUUAAUUGAUUAACGAGUCUAUCAGUCUUUUUGCAGAAAACACCUUUACAGUAAAACAAUUAAAAAGGGGCUGAUGUUUUACUUAUUAACCAAAUGACACUUGUACCAAAAGACUCCUUUAUUUAAUGUUUACAUUAUUUACAUUAUAUUAAACUGCAGACAGCUACUCAUUCAAAAGUUUUACAGAUGUUUGGGUAAAAUACCACCGAAUGAUGAAUGUGUGGUACACUGAGCAUUGAUCAGCAUAUGCCAUUGUAUCGGAUACUAAUUUUUGAUAACAUUGUGUUCAUUUUCACGUUUUGCUCAUUUAACAAAUGUAUUACAUAUUUCACUGUUUCUAAUAUUUUUGGAAGUAAUAAACUGUCUUUUACAGUCA